AUGGAAGAACAACCAGACUUGGCUAUCUCUGUGGACCUUGGUACGACCUUUACGGGUGUCGCCUGGAUGAGGCAUGGAAUCCCUAUUCAGGUCGUCAACGACUGGCCCGGGAGCGACGACAGAGGUGAUCGAAAAGUCCCCACGACAAUCGUAUACAACGCUGAUGGAAGCAUUUCAUCUUGGGGAUUCAUGUGUGCUGACGAUGACCACGAUACGAGCAAGACACGGAGGGACUUCUUCAAGAUCUUUCUAGAUCCAGAGACCCUCGACGCAGCACAGCAUCAGGGUCUAAGCAACGUCCCGCAAAGCACUGCCCAGGCUCGCCAAUUCGUGACAGAUUAUCUGAAGCAGAUAUAUGCGCAUAUCAAAGAUAGCAUAGAAAUGCGCAUGGGCAUAAAACAUGUCGGUGGGUGGGACCGCAUGGCCGUGCUGUUCCUUUUCAGUGCGCCCACGACGUGGACGAGUAUGGCUAUCAUAAACACCUUCAAAGGCGCAAUUCAUGAUGCUGGAUUCGGAACUGGAGGCCCAAAGCAUUCAGCAUUGGUUGACCUCACAGAGUCCGAGGCCGCAGCUGUGGCAACUCUCAAGACUGGAGCGAUAAGUCUCAAGGAAAACAGCGUAUUUCUGACCGUGGAUGCUGGUGGUGGCACAACGGACCUCGCUCUGAUGCGAGUCACUUCCACAAACUCGAGCUUUCCACAGCUUUCUCAAGUCGCUGCCGUCAGCGGUGUAGGUGUUGGCUCGUCACUUAUUGAUCGCGCAUUUGCAAGACUUGUUUCGCAAAGAAUGGCCGCGAAUCCCGACUUCAAGCUUCCGGCUGAUUUUGCAGCACGCAUGGCUCGAAGUCAAGGAUUUAAGAGCGUCAAGCACAAGUUUGGCGAAAAGGUAUACAUGCAGCCAGUAUACAAAAUUAUGAUGGAGGGUGUAGGAUACGAUGUGAGCCACGAAGGCCUCGGAGUUCAAGAUGGACGCAUGCUUUUUACCAAGCAAGACAUUCAAGCCCUCUUCGAUGUCCAUAUCGAAGCAAUCAUGGCCCGAAUUCACAAGCGACUUGACUGGUUGACCGAAAAAGGUCUUUCAAAACAAGUGGAGUAUGUGAUUCUGUCCGGUGGGCUGGGUAGUUCAGCCUACGUCCGUGAGGUUCUCCAAGAACACUUAGCCAAGCUGCAGCAUCCAAAUGCCCGAAAUAUCCUUGUUAUACCCUCCCAAGACCCGCAACUGGUGGUCGCUCGUGGAGUACUCGAGAAUAAGCGACAAAGGAUGGAGUCGGGGAAUAAAUCCGUGCUCAGCACUUGGAUUGCUCGAGCGAGCUACGGUGUAAUCGUUCAGGAGGUCUAUAUGCCUUCACGACACUUUGAUGAAGAAGUCCGACAAGAUCCGUGGGACCCAAGUGUGAAGUGGGCGACUAAUCAGAUCCAAUGGUUGAUCAAAAAGGGAGAUACCGUGGACCCGGACUCUCCGUUGGUCAAACGAUUCGAAAUCAGGCUGAAAGAUGGAGACACUACACGCGCGUGGGACGCGGAAAUUGUGGUGUCCAACAACGAGGCCGAAUGGCUUCCUCGAAGCCUUAAACAAGCCGGCGUUAUGAGACUUUGUUCUGUAAAGAGCAACCUCGCUGGCAUCAAACAACAUCAGCUCGUCCUCAAAGAAAAGCGAGGAACUUGCUUCCGGCGUGGACACAAGUUCUACAUUUGUAGGUUCGAUAUUCGAGUGAUUGUUGCUCCAGCAGACCUGAGAUUUGAGCUCUGGUUUGGGGGGACGAAGUUCUCUGGCAAUCACCAGCCUAUCUCGGUCCAAUGGGAUGCAGCUAAAGGUUGA